AUGCCGGUCAGAGUGGAUGUAUCGAGAGGGGAAGUUGAGCUUCCGGGAGAAGGGACAGGGAGACAGGUUUACACGACUGCGGAAGAUACAGGGAUGUUUGUGGCGGAAGCCACACAACUUGAUGUUUGGCCUGAGCAGCUUGACAUGGCGGGAGAUGAGAUUAGUUUCAAUAAUGUAGUGAGGGUUGCAGAAAGGGUUAUCAAUUGGAAAGAAAUUCGAUAUCACAUACAAGUCGAGGGAAGAGCUUCUUGCUACUAUGAACGCCGAGAGAAUGGAUGA